AUGACCAAUCCAACUAAUCAACUUGACCAUCAACUAUUGAAAAAUCUCGAUGACCGUCAACAAGAAAACAACGAUCAAGAUAAUGAAACUAACAAGAAAGUGAAGAGUAUAUUAAAAACAUUAGAAAUUGAACAAAUCGAUCAAGAAUCUAUCAUCAAAAAAAUUUUAGAAUCAUAUCAGUCUACUGGAAUUAAUUCAGAUUCAGAAUGUUAUUCUACUUUAGCAUCACAAGUUUCAAUUCAUGAUCAAUUAUCAAAUUAUUUAGAUUUGAACCUUUAUCAAUAUUUACAUCACCCAGAUCAUUCAGUGAAAUCGGAUGCUGAACUUGAUUCAAAUCAAUCAAAUCAAUUUCUACAUUUACGAUCUCAUCUUCAAUCAUCUCAAGAUACAUUGAAAUCUCUAACCGACUUUUUAAAUUUAUUUCAAUCUGAUUUAUCAACCGUUUCAAGUUCGAUAGCUGAUUUACAAGCAAGAUCUAAACUUUUAGAAACUCGACUUGAUGCUAGACGAAGCUCUUUAAACAUCUUAACGCCUUAUAUUUCUCAAACAAUCAUACCACCUGAUUUGAUUAAUCUUAUUGUAGAAAGUAAUCCAAGUUCAAAAUGGUUUCAACCGAUUUCUCUAUUAGAAUUUCAUCUUUCUAAAAUCAGAUCUUCUACUACCACAACAAAAGAAAACCAUCCUACUUUAAUGAUUGUAGAUAAACUUUGUUUGUUAGCUGCUUUUAAGAUUAGGACGUUUUUCUUAAAUGCCUUAAAACCGUUUCGAACUUCAAUUUCAACUAAUCUUCAAAUCACUCAAGCUUCAGUUUUUUUAAAACAUAGAUCUCUUUUUGGUUUUCUUCAACGUUGUGCUGCUCGUACGGCUCAUGAAGUUCAAAAGGCAUAUCUAGGGACAAUCAGAUGGUACCUUGAAACUGGUCUUAGACGUUAUGUACGUGCAUUAGACAAGAUUAGGGCUAGAGGUUGGAUUAAGUUGGGUGCUAUCGGAGUUAUUUCACCGGGUUUUCAAUCCACAACUUUACCUUUACCUGAUUCUAUUAUUCAUCAAGCUUUUAUUGAAGGUCCUGAUAUCAUUCUAGCUUAUAUGGCAGAUCCCAAUGAUUUCAAACAAUCACCUGAAGCUCUCUUUCGAUCACUUUCAUUAGUAGUCAUUGAUAACAUUGGAGUAGAGUAUCAAUUUGUGAAAAACUUUUUCGGUCUUCCUUUACCUCAACAAGAUCAAAAUCAAGAACAAGAGGUCGGAUCAUUUCAAACUAGACUUAAUUCAAGAAGUAGGGCUUCAUCUAUUAGUCAUCCAGUACCAGCCCGUAGAGGAUCAUCUAUUACUCCUCAUCAACCUCAUCAUCCACGUCCACCUCCUAGUAUCAUUAGCAGCUUUACUGAUAGUGAGUUUAAUGGCAGUCUUGAUUCUGAUCAUCAACCUGCUCUUGAUCAUGUUUGGAAACAAAUUGUUGCACCUGUUCUUGAAUAUCAUAAAACUUUUACAACUAAGAUUUUAGAAAGCUCAAUAGAUACAACAAGUUUAUACGCCAUGAUCAAAUUAAAUGAAAGGUUAAUCAAAUCAGUUUCAAAAUCCAAUCAAAAUCCAAUCGAAAAUCAUUUAAUUAGUUUAAAACUUUCGAUUUGGCCAUUUUUUCAAACUUCAUUAAAUUUAGAAAAAGAAUCAAUCAAGAAAUUGAUUGGAAGUAAAAAUUUUGAUGGACUAAUGAAGAUUGGAAAAAAGUAUGGUAGGUUUGUAUUUAUUUUGGUUGGAGUUUGUGAUCAAGUUAUUUUAGAAACACAAGGAGGAGAAGAAGAAGGGGAAAUGGGGGAAGUAGGGAAAAAGGAAAAGGAAGAAGAAGAACAAAGAAAAGAAGAAGAACAAAAGGUUUUCAGAGAGUUGGGAUUGAUUAGAGAAAUGAUUGAUAAGUUCAUUGAAGAUGAAAGUAAAGUUAAAGAUAAAAAAGCGAAGAUUGAAAAAUUUUAUCAUGAGAUUCUUGAUGAGAUUUUGAGUCAUUCUUUUAGUCAUUUUUAUCUUCAAGGCGAAUUAGCUCAUUGGAAAGAGAUGUUGAGAAGAAUUCAAAAUUUAUAAUUCACAUCACAUCAAUCGAAAAAAAACAAUCAAAUGUAAGAAGGCGAAAUGGAAUUCUGAAUAAGUUGUAGGAUUUUUUAGUUGAAAGGCUUUUUAGUCUUUGUGAGGUUUUGUUGGAUUCUUUCUCUGGGAUUCAAAUGAUCAUUGUUUUUAGUUUUGGUAAAUAUAUUUUGCAUUGAUUUUGGUUUUGUUUCCUGGUGAUGAGAUUUUUUUUGUUACACUUACACUUGCUUUUGUAAUAUUAAAAAUACUUUUUGAUCUGCUUGUUCUUUUAUGCGAUUUGACAAGUCUGAUGAACCAAGGAAUUUACGCCUGGACAGAAUCAUCUUACAUCUUUUGAUUGGAAUUGAAAUCUCUUUCAAUGGCUCUGAAAGAAGUGGACUAU